AACUUGGAAAACUGGAUCUCGGGUUACGGUGCUGUUGUGGCGCCCUGUUUAGGCAUUUUCCGGCUGCCCUGUGCUGCCUCGGUGGAGAAGCUGAGGUCCGCGAGCCGCUCCGACAGACGAACCUCAGCCCCGCGCGGGGACGUCAGGAGAGCUGAGGGUGAAGAGUCUGCGGGGCUUGGGCGGGGUUACCUGAAGAGCUCGGGCCGGGGAGUCUCCCCGCCGUGCUUCCCCCGCGAGAGGCAGGGGAGAGCCAGCCCCGCCGUGACUAAGAGAGUUUUGGGACCUCUGUCCUUUGCACGACAUGAGUGGAGCAUAUAGAGGCAGAGGAUUUGGACGAGGAAGAUUUCAAAGCUGGAAAAGAGGAAGAGGUGGUGGGAGCUUCUCAGGAAAAUGGAGAGAACGAGAGCACAGACCUGACCUGAAUAAAGCCACAGGAAAACAUCCUGGAGAACAAACCCUACAGUCUUUGCUACUACAAUCAACAUUGGAUCAUUUCGUACCAUAUAAAGGCUGGAAGCUUUAUUUCUCUGAAGUUUACAGCGACAGCUCUCCUUUUACUGAGAAGAUUCAAGCACUUGAAAAAUUUUUCACAAGGCGUAUUGAUUUAUAUGAUAAGGAUGAAAUAGAAAGAAAGGGAAGUAUUUUGGUGGAUUUUAAAGAACUGACAAAAGAUGACGAAAUAGCUAAAUUGAUACCGAAUAUAGCAAAUGAAUUAAAGGAUACACCUGAGAAAACCCUGGCUUGCAUGGGUCUGGCAAUACAUCAGGUAUUAACUAAGGACCUCGAAAGGCACGCAGCUGAGUUAGAAGCCCAAGAAGGAUUGUCUAGAAAUGGUGAAACAAUGGUAAAUGUGCCACACAUUCACGCAAGGGUAUACAACUACGAGCCCUUGACACAGCUCAAGAAUGUCCGAGCAAAUUACUAUGGAAAAUACAUUGCUCUGAGAGGGACAGUGGUUCGCGUCAGUAAUAUAAAGCCUCUUUGUACCAAGAUGGCUUUUCUUUGUGCUGCAUGUGGAGAAAUUCAGAGUUUGUCUCUUCCAGAUGGAAAGUACAGUCUUCCCACAAAGUGUCCUGUGCCUGCAUGUCGAGGGAAGUCAUUUACUGCUCUCCGUGGCUCUCCUCUCACGGUUACGAUGGACUGGCAGUCAAUCAAAAUCCAGGAGUUGAUGUCUGAUGAUCAGCGAGAAGCAGGUCGGAUUCCAAGAACAAUAGAAUGUGAGCUUGUUCACGAUCUUGUGGACAGCUGUGUCCCAGGAGACACAGUGACUGUCACUGGAGUUGUCAAAGUCUCAAAUGCUGAGGAAGGUUCUCGAAAUAAGAAUGACAAAUGCAUGUUCCUUUUGUACAUUGAGGCAAAUUCUGUUAGCAAUAGCAAAGGACAGAAAACAAAGGCUUCUGAGGAUGGGUGUAAGCAUGGCACGCUGAUGGAGUUCUCACUUAAAGACCUUUAUGCCGUCCAGGAGAUUCAAUCUGAAGAAAACUUGUUUAAACUCAUUGUCAACUCGCUUUGCCCUAUCAUUUUUGGUCAUGAACUUGUUAAAGCAGGUUUGGCCUUAGCACUCUUUGGAGGAAGCCAGAAAUAUGCAGAUGACAAAAACAGAAUUCCGGUCCGAGGAGACCCACAUGUCCUUGUUGUUGGAGACCCAGGCUUGGGAAAGAGUCAGAUGCUACAGGCAGUGUGCAGUGUUGCUCCACGUGGCGUGUAUGUUUGUGGUAAUACCACAACCACCUCUGGUUUGACUGUAACUCUUUCAAAAGAUAGUUCCUCUGGAGAUUUUGCUUUGGAAGCUGGUGCCCUGGUACUUGGUGAUCAAGGUAUCUGUGGAAUAGAUGAAUUUGAUAAGAUGGGGAAUCAACAUCAAGCCUUGUUAGAAGCCAUGGAACAGCAAAGUAUUAGUCUUGCUAAGGCUGGCGUGGUUUGUAGCCUCCCAGCAAGAACUUCCAUUAUUGCUGCUGCAAAUCCAGUUGGAGGACACUACAACAAAGCCAAAACAGUUUCUGAGAAUUUAAAAAUGGGGAGUGCCCUACUAUCCAGAUUUGAUUUGGUCUUUAUCCUGUUAGACACCCCAAAUGAGGAUCAUGAUCAUUUACUCUCUGAACAUGUGAUUGCAAUAAGGGCUGGAAAGCAGAGAGCUGUUAGCAGUGCCACAGUAGCACGUGUGAAUAGUCAAGAUUCAAAUACUUCCAUACUUGAAGUGGUUUCUGAUAAACCACUGUCAGAAAGACUAAAGGUGGUUCCUGGAGAAACAAUAGAUCCAAUUCCCCACCAGCUAUUGAGAAAGUACAUUGGUUACGCUCGGCAGUAUGUCUAUCCACGGCUCUCCACAGAUGCUGCUCAGAUUCUUCAGGAUUUUUACCUUGAGCUCCGGAAGCAGAGCCAGCGGUUAAAUAGCUCACCAAUCACUACUAGGCAGCUGGAAUCUUUGAUUCGUCUAACAGAGGCACGAGCAAGGUUGGAAUUGAGAGAGGAAGCAACCAAAGAAGAUGCUGAGGACAUAGUUGAAAUUAUGAAACAUAGGUGGCGCAAUGGUAAAGAAUCCACCUGCCAAUGCAGGGGACACGGGUUUGAUCCCUGCUCCAGGAAGAUUCCACAUGCUGCGGAGCAACUAAGCCUGUGCACCACUAUUGAGCUUGUGCUUUAGAGCCCUUCAGCCACAACUGUUGAGCCCAUGUGCUGCUACUACUGAAGCCCACGCGCCUAGAGCCCAUGCCCCACAACAAGAGAAGCCACAGCAAUGAGGAGCCCAUGCACCACAACGAAGAGUAGCCCCCACUCACCGCAACUAAAAGAAAGCCCGCACACAGCAAAAAAGAGCCAGCACAGCCAAUAAAAUAAAUAAAUAAAUAAAUUUAUAAAAAAAAAACAAUGCUACAAUGAGUAAUUUCUGUGAGAUACUUCAUAUAUGGUAAGUGUAUUCUCAGAAAUAUUUCUGGGUUCAAGGAUAAAUAAAUGCAUUAGGGUUUGAUAAAUAUUGCUAAUCUGUGGCCUUUGCAUUUUGUAUCAUUUGGUAGAUCAUAAUUCUUAGAAGGUAGAAAAGAAAAAAAUUUGUAUUCUAACUGACAAUAUAUGACUACCUUAGACAUGGGUUUUGUUUUGGUUUUUUUUUUCCUUUUAUUUA